UUUAAGUUGAGUCCAUGAAUUCACGUUUAAUCCUGCUGGGUGUUCCCCACUCUUGUUUUAACCCCUGUGCACAUGCACAUAUUCUUAGCUAAGGAAUGUUCUUCGUCUGUGGUGCAGAUCCAGGAACGAUAGCAUUAGCAUGGUGGCUAAAAAUGUUUUCGUAUGGGAAAUGCUAACAGAGAACUGUCUUAGUUAUGACUGUCUUUGGCUGGUCUAUUGUCGAACAUCCACAGAUAGACUAUCCUAAAGUGUUACUAAUGAAGGCUUGUAGCUGUUAGCAACAAACAUUGAGCCAUUGUCUUACGUCAGAUAGCUUGACGAUUUCACCUGCUCUGUCAUACUGUAUUAACUUAAUUUGAUCAAAGAUCAAGAGCUGUUGUUCAGGAUUACUAAUAUUAUAAAUAUGGCAGGAUGUAAUAGGCCUGUUGUUGGUAUUGUGUUGUUGUUCAGGAUUACUAAUAUUAUAAAUAUGGCAGGAUGUAAUAGGACUGUUAUUGUGUAUCUACAGCAUAAUCAUUUUCUGUCUUUACUUAGAACGUUAAACUCCUGUUUAACCUCAUAAUAACAAGGAAGAACACUGUCACCGAUUCUACUUUUCUAGUGGAGACACAGCCCUGACAAAUAAAGGGGAAAUCACCUGUAGCGAACAGGGGCCCUCUGUGGGAAAUAUGACACAGGAGUGACAGGAAAUACAGGUAAAUAAGAAACAAAAAUACAUUCCCAUGCCAGAUUCGAGGGAAAUUCAGCAGAUCUUAUGCGACCAGUUUAAAGGUUUACUAGAUCACAUGAAGAGUAGGUAUCCACAGGAGAAAUCUGAACCUGAAGUGAUAGAGUUGAUGAGGGAGGAAUUUGGUAAGAACCCGGAGGGUUUUACUGAAGUGUACAGGUUAAUAGAGCUGGCAGAAGUGACCACCUCAGUCUGUAAAGUCCAACACGAAUUGAUCGAAGGAACAGGUUUCCUGCUGUUCGAUAACCUCAUCCUGACAAAUGGUCAUUUGUUCAAGGAUAAAGGUGUACUUCUAGGAAAGACACUGUCGGUUCCCACAACUGUCACGUUUAAUUUUGACAACCCACUUGGAUCAGGUCAGUGGAAGGUAAAUGUUAAACCAGAAGUGGUUGCCCUCCAAUAUGGAGUUGAUAGGUGGGGGCGUCAGGUUGACUAUGCCAUACUGGAGUUGAGUACCCCAUUAAAAGGCAAGAAGUUUCCUCCAGGUCUCCUUCAGAAGUAUGGCCCAGUCCCUCAGACAGGUGGGAUCUACAUCGUUGGCCAUCCAGAAGGAGGGAUUAAAAAGAUUGAUUCCACGACCAUAAUAGAGGUGGAACAAAGAACUGCAGCUGAGACCAAACAUUUACGAGAGAACCAGAGCUCCAUCAUGUUAAUGCAAGAAAGCAUUGGGGAUAAUGAGUUGGACAAAAAGUUUUAUGAGCAGAUAAUACAGGGGAAACCGGAUGUGCUGACCUAUAACACCUUCUGCCUUAAUGGAGCCUCUGGGUCUCCGGUUAUAAAUCCCAGUCAUUGUCAAGUAAUUAAUGGCAUCCCAGUAUAUGGCUGCCAGGUGAUUGCCAUGCACACUGGUGGCUUUUUGUACACAUGUAAGGAAACUCAAGAAACUCAGAGUGUGAUUGAAUAUGCAAUCCCUCUCAGGACCAUUCUAGAAAACGUAUUGUUCUACUUGGUGGAGACAAACAAUCUUCAAAUGUUCUCAAGAUUCACCAAUGUUGCCAUGAAAAACCCACAUCUGUUUGAGCUCAUUGACAUUCUUAUAACAUUGAUCACUGAGAUGGUGGCCACAAGUCCACCUGAACACACGGCUAUCCUUCACAGAAUAUGUGACACAAUAUCACAAAGUGGUAAAAUAUAUGAGAUGCAGAAAUUCUGGCUGAUCCUGCUGCAGAUGUCACCUGUGAGUUGAGAAGCAGCUUUAGGCCAACUAGGCCCCCCCCCCCCCCCCCCCAAAAAAGAUUUUAUUGUCACACACACCAGAUAUGUGCAGUGAAAUGGAUUCUUUUACAGGGUCAGCCAUAGUAGUACGGCGCCCCUGGAGCAAAUUAGGGUUAAGUGCCUUGCUCAAGGGCACAGAGACAGAUUUGUCACCUUGUCAGCUCUGGUGUUUGAACCAGUGACCUUUCAGUUGCUAGCGCAACACUCUAACCUCUAGGCUACCCGCUGCCCAUCUAGGCUAACCGCCUUCCCCUUCACUUAUUUUCAACUGUAGACAUCAGCUAUAGAGGGAUAUGGUGAUGUGCCCAUUUUAUUGGAACAGAUAUAGCCCUUGGUUCACUCCAGACCUGUCUGCCCUUGACCAGCACAAAAACAUCCUGUAGCGUUCUGCAUUAGCAUCUAAUAGCCCCCGCGAUAUGCAACUUUUCAGGGAAGUUAGGAACCAAUAUAAACAGGCAGUUAGGAAAGCUAAGGUUAGCUUUUUCAAACAGAAAUUUGCUUCCUGCAACACAAACUCAAAAAAGUUCUGGGACACUGUAAAGUCCAUGGAGAAUAAGAACACCUGCUUUGAGAGACUAGUCAAGGACCAUAUCACCUCCACCCUACCUGACACCCUAGACCCACUCCAAUUUGCUUACCGUCCCUGGGUCUCGACCCCGCCCUGUGCAACUGGGUACUGGACUUCCUGACGGGCCGCCCCCAGGUGGUGAGGGUAGGUAACAACAUCUCCACCCCGAUGAUCCUCAACACUGGGGCCCCACAAGGGUGCGUUCUGAGCCCUCUCCUGUACUCCCUGUUCACCCACGACUGCGUGGCCAUGCACGCCUCCAACUCAAUCAUCAAGUUUGCGGACGACACUACAGUGGUAGGCUUGAUUACCAACAACGACGAGACGGCCUACAGGGAGGAGGUGAGGGCCCUCGGAGUGUGGUGUCAGGAAAAUAACCUCACACUCAACGUCAACAAAACAAAGGAGAUGAUUGUGGACUUCAGGAAACAGCAGAGGGAGCACCCUCCUCGGUGUACACAUCACGGAAAAACUGAAAUGGUCCACCCACACAGACAGCGUUGUGAAGAAGGCGCAGCAGCUUAACUGCACAUUGGCUUACAAUAUUCCUAGGCCAUCAUUGCAAAUAAGAAUUUGUUCUUAACUGUCUUGCCUAGUUAAAAAACAAAUAAAGAAAUAAUUUAAAAACAUGAAGUAGUUGUGUGUGAGUACUAUUUGAGCCAAUGUCCUAAUGCAUGGACCGGAAGGGUUUUCAACCAAGAUCUCAGCGAUCACUGCCUGCAUCCUGUAGUACACUCAAAAAAGUUCUGGGACACUGUAAAAUCCAUGGAGAAUAAGAGCACCUCCUCCCAGCUGCUCACUGCAUUGAGGCUAGGAAACACUGUCACUAUUGAUGAAUCCACAAUAAUUGAGAAUUUCAAUAAGCAUUUUUCUACGGCUGGCCAUGCUUUCCACCUGGCUACCCCUACCCCGGUCAACAGCCCUGCGCUCCCCACAGCAACUCGCCUAAACCUCCCCCACUUCUCCUUCACCCAAAUCCAGAUAGCUGAUGUUCUGAAAGAGCUGCAAAAUCUGGACCCCUACAAAUCAGCCUGGCUAGACAAUCUGGACCCUCUCUUUCUAAAAUCAUCCGCCGAAAUUGUAGCAACCCCUAUUACUAGCCUGUUCAACCUCUCUUUCGUAUCGUCUGAGAUUCCCAUAGAUUGUAAAGCUGCCGCGGUCAUCCCCCUCUUCAAAGGGGAAGACACUCUAGACCCAAACUGCUACAGACCUAUAUCUAUCCUGCCCUUCUAAGGUCUUUGAAAGCCAAGUUAACAAACAGAUCACCGACCAUUUAGAAUCCCACCGUACCUUCUCCGCUAUGCAAUCUGGUUUCAGAGCUGGUCAUGGGUGCACUUCAGCCACGCUCAAGGUCCUAAACGAUAUCUUAACCGCCAUCAAUAAGAGACAUUACUGUGCAGCCGUAUUCAUCGACCUGGCUAAGGCUUUCGACUCUGUCAAUCACAACAUUCUUAUUGGCAGACUCAACAGCCUUGGUUUCUCAAAUGAUUGCCUCUCUUGGUUCACCAACGACUUCUCCGAUAGAGUUCAGUAUGUAAAAUCGGAGGGCGUGUUGUCCGGACCUCUGGCAGUCUCUAUGGGGGUGCCACAGGGUUUAAUUCUCGGGCCGACUAUCUUCUCUGUAUACAUCAAUGAUGUCGCUCUCGCUGCUGGUGAUUAUUUGAUCCACCUCUACGCAGAUGACACCAUUCUGUAUACCUCUGGCCCUUUGUUGGACACUGUAUUAACUAACCUCCAGAUGAGCUUCAACGCCAUACAACUCUCCUUCCGUGGCCUCCAACUGCUCUUAACUUCUUUGGGAUAGGGGGCAGCUUUUUCACUUUUGGAUGAAACGCAUGCCCAGAGUAAACUGCCUCCUCCUCAGUCCCAGAUGCUAAUAUAUGCAUAUUAUUAUUAGUAUUGGAUAGAAAACACUCUGAAGUUUCUAAAACUGUUUGAAUGAUGUCUGUGAGUAUAACAGAACUCAUAUGGCAGGCAAAAACCUGAGAUAAAAUCCAAACAGGAAGUGGGAAAUCUGAGGUUUGUAGUUUUUGAACUCAGCCCUAUCGAAUACACAGUGGGAUAUGGGUCAAGUUGCACUUCCUAAGGCUUCCUAAGGCUUCCACUAGAUGUCAACCGUCUUUAGAACGUUGUUUCAGGCUUCUACUGUGAAGUGGGGCCGGAUGAGAGCUCUUUGAGUCAGUGGUCUGGUAGAGAGCCACGCACACCAAUUCUCUGGUUGGAACAUUAUUGAACAUUUAUGAUAAAAACAUCCUAAAGAUUGAUUCUAUACUUAGUUUGACAAGUUUCUUCGACCUGUAAUAUAACUUUUUGAACAUUUCGUCCGACUGGACCUGAACGCGCGUUUGAAUUUGUUUACCUAACAACCUAACAAAAGAAGCUAUUUGGACAUAAAUGAUGGACAUUAUCGAACAAAACAAACAUUUAUUGUGGAACUGCGAUUCCUGGGAGUGCAUUCUGAUGAAGAUCAUCAAAGGUAAGUUAUAAUGCUAUUUUUGACUAAUGUUGAUUGUGCAACAUGGCGGAUAUUUCUUUUGGCUGGUUUGGGCUCUGAGCGCCAUACUCAGAUUAUGCUUUUCCGUAAAGUUUUUUUGAAAUCUGACACAGCGUUUGCAUUAAGGAGAAGUGUAUCUAAAGUUCCAUGCAUAACACUUGAAUUUUCAUCAACAUUUGUAAUGAGUAUUUCUGUGAAUUCAUGUGGCUCUCUGCACAAUCACUGCAUGUUUUAGAACUACUGAACAUAACGCGCCAAUGUAAACUCAGAUUUUUGGAUAUAAAUAUGCACUUUAUCGAACAAAACAUACAUGUAUUGUGUAACAUGAAGUCCUAUGAGGGUCAUCUGAUGAAGAUCAUCAAAGGUUAGUGAUUAAUUUUUAUCACUAUUUGUGCUUUUUGUGACUCCUCUCUUUGGCUGGAAAAAUGGCUGAGAUUUUCUGUGGCUUGGUAGUGACCUAACAAAUUGUUUGUGGAGCUUUCACUGUAAAGCAUUUUUGAAAUCAGACACUGUGGCUGGAUUAACGAGAAUUUUAUCUUUAAAAUGGUGCCUAAUACUUGUAUGUUUGAGAAAUUUAAUUUCUGAGAUUUCUGUUGAUUUGUAUUUGGCGCCCUGCAAUUUCAUUGGCUGUUGGCGAGGGGUUCCGCUAGCGGAAAGGGGUGCCGCUAGCGAAACCCCAGUCCUAGACAGGUUAAAUGCAAGUAAAACUAAAUGCAUGCUCUUCAACCGACCGCUGCCCGCACCUGCCCGCCCGUCCAGCAUCACUACUCUGGAUGGUUCUGACUUAGAAUAUGUAGACAACUACAAAUACCUAGGUGUCUGGUUAGACUGUAAACUCUCCUUCCAGACUCACAAUAAACAUCUACAAUCCCAAAUUAAAUCUAGAAUCGGCUUCCUAUUUCACAAAACAAAGCAUCCUUCACUCAUGCUGCCAAACAUACCCUCGUAAAACUGACCAUCCUACCAAUCCUGGACUUCGGCGAUGUCAUUUACAAAAUAGCCUC